GGAAAAUUAUCACAUUUGAUAUACUGGUUGAUUUUGGGUUAGUUUUAUUAAGAUGGUAGCUGUUGUCUCUACUAGUCCCAACGAGAGGUUGAUUGAGAACCGCGUUGAUGAUGACGUUGAAUUGAAUGAUGAGUCCGCUUCUCCUAUUUCUCUCUAUACCCGUUUUUUUGCCAAGAAGCGCACUGUGAUCUUUGCUUCUACUCUUGCUUUGCUUUUGCUUGUCUUGGCUUCUACUCUCACUGGCGUUUUCGUUGCUCGUCACAGGGCAGUUGUUGCCUUCAGGGAGAAUCUUACCAACCACUUGAACGAGAAAUUCACUCUUAUUGAACCAGAGGAGCGUGCUGCUUAUGUUGCUGAAUUGACCGACUUGUUCAGAAACGGUUACAUCACUGACGAUCAUGUUGCUGAAUUCGAAGCUUUGAUCGAGUUUGUUGAGUUCAACAAGGUUUACUCUCGCAAACAUGCUGAUGCCGAUGAGCGCCGUGUUCGUUUCUUGGCCUUCCGUGACAACUACAACGCUGUCAAGGCCCAGACUGGUGAAGAAUCUUACGAGAAGGGUAUCAACCAAUUCAGUGAUAUGACCAAGGAGGAGUUCGAGCGCAGAUUCCCUGCCAUCACUAUUCCUGAGACUUUUGACACCUUCCAGACCAAUGCUCAUCUUUUGUCCUACAACAAGGCUGCUGAUCCAGUUUACGUUGAGAAGCUCAGAAUUGCCAAGGGCCUCAAUUCUGAGAUCUCCUAUGUUCCUUCUGUUGAUGGUGAGGAUUUGGAUUGGAGACGUUGCGGUGGUGUUUCCAAGGUCAAGGACCAAGGCAACUGCGGCUCCUGCUGGGCUUUUGCCGCUGUUGGAUCUGUUGAAAGUUUGUACUUGAUCCACAAGGGUGAGACUCUUGACUUGAGUGAACAAGAAUUGGUCAACUGCGAAACCCAUAGCCAUGGCUGUGAUGGUGGAUUCAGCGAUAGCGCCUUGAGGUACAUCAAGGUUCAUGGUUUGAGCAGCUCAUCCGAUGUCCCCUACUUUGCCAAGAAUGAAGUCUGCUACUCUGUUUCUAGAAGCAAGACCUACAUUGAUGCCGUCUCUAUCAUGAAGGGCGAUGAGAUCCUUAACAAGUCUCUUGUCCUCUCCCCAACCGUUGUUUUCAUUGCUGCUUCUGAGGAGUUGACCACCUACAAGAGCGGUAUCUACAACGGCUCAUGCUCUGAUCAGCUUAACCACGCUGUUUUGUUGGUUGGUGAGGGUCAUGAUGAGGUCACUGGCAAGCGCUACUGGAUCAUCAAGAACUCUUGGGGACCAAACUGGGGAGAGAACGGUUUCUUGAGACUCGAACGUACCUUUGAAGGCACUGACAAGUGUGGCGUUCUUGAGGCCGGUAUGAACCCAAUUUUAAACUAAAGACUUGACCUCAGAUUCGCACGGUCGAUAUCGGCGUAUUUUUAAUACGUUAUAAUCUA